CUGUUUCAUUUAACCAUUACCGUAUAUAACUCUCAUCACCGGGGCUGUUCAGAGCCGUCGUCAUGUUCGGAACGAAGUUGUGCUUGAUGCUUCUCUGCUGCGUAGCGAUGGCGGUCUACGAGGUCGAAGGCACCGGAGACUCGUGCUGCGAGCUGGCGGCGGACCCCGGCCCAUGUCUCAGCUUCGUCGGGAGAUACCACUACGACUUCCGCGCGCAGCGGUGCGAGAUCUUCGACUACGGCGGCUGCGGCGGCAACUGCAACAACUUCCAGACCGCGUACGAGUGCCGGUCGAACUGCGACCGCGACUGGAACAGCAUAUAGCCCCGCCACGAGAGCAGCUCAGCUUUUGAGCACAACCCGUCGCUCCGGCAUCCCAACCAACGGCUUCGUAUGCUAAAUGACGGGAACUGUCGAAUACCGCAUCAUCGUGGCGCAUUGUCGAGGUUAAAAAAAAAAAAAAUCUCGUAUCGCAUUGUACGUCUCAGUUUGAAUCUGAUGUUUCGAGACAAGUGGAAUAAAAAAUUUGGUUUUUUGGAAAUAAAAUGCUUAUUUGCUUUGUGGCAACAAAUCCAUCACAUUAAUUAGCUUAAUAAUCCUAAUAAAUCCCGAUUGUUAAGUA